UCACACUGUACAAGCGGGCUUCGUUCAAAAAGACAGGUGCGGCGUCGUUUUCUUUUUAUUUCUCUUAGCAUAGAAAUUGAAAAGAAAAUGUUUACGCCCAGACAAAAAGGAUUUGGUAAUGGCUUUGUACCUUCGCCGCAUACGCCGCUCAGCUUCAGCCGGGAGCUGCGCCAAGUCCUGCAGGAGAGAAAUCUACUCACGGCAAAGUCACGCAGGAAAGUCUGCUCCAUGCUGGACAGCAACAAUAGCAGUCCCAUUGGCUCCCCCAAUCCAGAGUCUGGCAAACGCUUGGGCUUUCGUCUGCAGGCCAUCCAGGAGAUCAUCUCGUCGGAGAAGUCCUAUCUGGAGCAGCUAGAGCUGCUCAUGAACUACUUUGUGCGCCCACUAAAGGAGCAGGCAAUCAUCGAUGGCUCCAAUCAUACGCUGCUCUUUGGCCAGAUCGAGAUGAUCCACAAUUUGAAUGGGGAGUUCCUGCGCGAGCUGGAGGCGAAUAUGGAGAAUGUGGCGCAAGCCUUCCUGAAAAUGGCUCCGUUCUUUAAGCUGUACUCGGUGUACGCCUUUGACUAUCGCGGUGCGUUGUUUCUCAUCCAAGAUCUGAUCAGCAAGAACCCGGUUUUCCGGAAGUUUCUGGAGAAGACCGAGAGUCGUCCUGAGGUGCAGCGCAAGCUCAACUCCCUGAUGAUCGUUCCGAUUCAGCGGGUGCCGAGGUAUAAGCUUCUUCUAGAGCAGGUGUUGCUUUACACGAGCCCGGCGGAUGCGGACUACAAGCUGCUUAAGGAAUCUGUCAAGGAGAUCGAGGCGACCGCCUCUCACAUCAACACCUGUGUGGAGGAGCAGGAGAUCACCCAGUAUCUCAUUCACCUGCAAAACUCUUUGGUGAAUCGUACGCCCAACAUUGUGAAGCCUUCGCGACGUGUUAUCAAGGAGGGCAUCCUCCAGAAGAUCACGCACAAGGGCACCGAAAUCAAACGCUACUGUGUGCUCAUGUCGGAUAUAUUCAUGUACUGUAAGCUGGUCAAGGAUCGUGCUCCCCACACCGCUGUGGAGAACUCCCUCGAGUGCUGCUGCAUUUUCCCUCUGAAAAAGUGCAAAGUUUAUGAAAUGCUGCCGGGAAACUUCAAGCUAACGUGCCAGAGCGAUGGCAUUAUCUUUGGCACCGGCGAUGUGCAGCUGGCGCGCACCUGGGUGGGUUUCAUCCGCGACGCCAUCGAUCUGCAUGUUCAGUGUCGCAAGACGUUGCGCAAGGACUCGAGCAAGAGGACGCCCAUUCGCAAGAAGGACAUGAAAAAGUUUGGAACUGAUUAUGUACUGAGUCCCAACAAACGUAAAUGCGAAUAUGAAACGGUGUUCCGUAACAAGAAUCGUAGUACUGAUUCCGAGGAGGAGACCGAUGAUAGUGCUUGCUUUCCGCGCAAGCGCAAGGUUCCCGCUGCCAUCUCGCGGCCUCCAAAUAUCAGACAUAUAAACGGAAACCCCGCAACUUCUGUGUCUAUGAAGCGUUUGGCUCCACCAGCACCACCACCGCCGCCGCCUACCUCAGUUCAGUUGCGCCAUCAGCCGGGAGGAUCGGGAGAAGCCACUUCUAAGGAGAACCGCAUCUCCAAGUUGUAUAAAAAGAUUGCCACCGGCGAUAAGGUGGCCAAUGUCCGAGGCAUCCUCAAGCGCAGCAAUGUGCCGGCCCCUAAUAGCGAUCACGAUCCCAGCUACGGAUUCGCCAGUCGCUACUCGGACUCGAAGUCAUAUUUCAGGACUCACAAUGUUGACAACACCAUUCCGACAGUGGUGAAACGCGAGGAUCUAUUCAAUGGUGAGCACAUGUUUCCCGUGCAUUUAGGCAUGAGGAGCCAGGAGGAGAUUUGCUCACCGCCGCAAAAGAAGCGGGUCAAGUUUGACGACACUUUGGAUGCCGGGUCUCUGGCCAUGGACCAGAAACCCUUUGCAUUCCCAAGCAACGAAGGAGGUGACGCGGCAACACCCAAGCCCGCUUCAUUGCGUGAGCGAAUCUAUGAUUUCUUUGCCAAUCUAUUCUAGUAUUAGAUGACUUCAAACAUACAUCGAUUAUUUAAAAAAUCAUUUACAAAUAUAAUAAAACAAAUUUACAAUUCACAUUA